CCAUAUCCUUCCUUCUUAUCCCAAACCCACUUCGCAAAAUAGAUUUAUGUCUUGGUACAUACCCUUUUCAUCUAAAAAUUUCAUGUAUGUCCCUAAACAAUCGUACUGAUAAAGGGUUUUUGUUGGUGGUGGUUUUUUACAGAUUUGGAUCUAGGGUUUUGUAGGGUUUAGCCUUUUUUUUUUUUGUUUGUCAAAUGGCCACUCCAUUUCCCAUUCCAGUCACUGCUGCUCAGGUGGGUACGUACUUUGUGGGGCAAUACUAUCAGGUACUACAGCAACAGCCUGACUAUGUUCACCAGUUUUACAGUGAUGCAAGUACUAUGCUUCGUAUUGAUGGUAACAGUAGAGAGACAGCCACUGAUAUGAUGCAAAUACAUCAAUUCAUUAUGUCACUCAAUUUUACUGGAAUUGAAGUCAAGACAGCACAUUCCCUAGAAUCGUGGAAUGGAGGUGUCCUUGUCAUGGUUUCCGGUUCUGUGCAAGUAAAAGAUUUCAAUGGGAGGAGGAAAUUUAUGCAAACCUUUUUCCUUGCACCUCAGGAGAAAGGUUUUUUUGUUCUUAAUGAUAUAUUCCACUUCAUUGAAGAGGAACCAAUUCAUCACCAUCCAGCAAUCUUCUUAGCCCAGAGCAAUCUUGAUUCCAAACUUAAUGCUUCUGCAACAAUCCCAGAACCAGUAUCAAACUAUUUAAUGGGUGGUGAAAUCCAGGCAAGGGAGUAUGUGGCUCCUGUAGAUGUCAAAGAAAAUGGUCUAGUUGACAGUUACGGCUUCCAAGAGCAACGGUUACAGCAAUUCGCUGAGUCUGAAAACAUUCUGGAGGACAAUUCUGCUGAAGAGUUCAAUGGUUCACUUCAAAAUACAGUUAAUGCUGUACAAGAUCAUCUGCCUGCUUCUGUUGCUUCCGUUGAGGAACCUAUUGGAGAGACCCAAAAGCACACUUAUGCUUCUAUUUUACGAAUUGCUAAAGGACAAUCUGCCCCUUCAGUUGCUUCUCAGCCUACUGUUAACAAGAAUGUACCGCCUUCUUCUGAUUGGAAUCAUAUUCCUGAACCAACUGUUCAGCAAGUAACUGUAUUGUCAAAUGCGUAUGAAAAGUCAGGAGUAGACACAGUGGAGGUUUCAGCCGUUGAAGAUGAAGAAGAGAUAAAGUCUGUUUAUGUGAGGAACUUGCCUCCAAAUGUGUCUGAAUCUGAAAUUGCGGAGGAAUUUAGAAAGUUCGGUGAACUCAGUUCUGAGGGCGUGGUAAUCCGGAGUCGCAAGGAUGUUGGUGUCUGCUAUGCGUUUGUUGAAUUUGAAGAUAUAUCUGGUGUUCACAAUGCAGUCAAGAUGGGUUCUGCACAAGUUGCUGGGCGACAGGUAUAUAUUGAAGAGCGGAGACCGAACAGCAAUAUACCAUCCCGAGGAGGAAGGAGAGGCAGAGGCCGGGGAAGCUACUCCACAGAUGCCGCAAGGGGGCGUUUUGGCUCUCGAAGUUACGGUCGGGGAGUUGGUUAUGAUGGGGUUGAUCGAGAGUACAAUAGACCGAGAGGAAAUGGUUUCUAUAGACCGGGUUCCCGCCAAGACAGAGGAUUCUCAGGUCACCAAGUAUUAAGAAGUGGGCACAAUUUAUCAGAUUAGACAUUCUAGAUUCAAUAACAAUGGGAAGGGAGAUAUAAAAAGUUUUGGGUCCAGCAGUGCAUACAUUCACCACCCUUGUUGGUUUCAGGAAUCAUAUAGUGAUACAAAUCAGUUUAAUUUAGAUAUGAUGGCAAUAUUGUUUUGAAGGGGUUUAAUGAUACUUCUUUGUGAUAUUUCUAAUUUAAUAGGAAAUGGUUUUUUAAUUUUGAGCUCA